AUGAAGGUCGUGUCCAAGGCUCAACAGGCUGGUCUCGGGCUGACGUUUUCCGAGGUCUUCCAGUAUCCCACGCUUGCUAAUCUGGAAGGUCGGUGUCGCCUUGAGCGCGCGAGACCCGUUGAACCGAUUUCGCCUUACUCUCUUUUGGGAAGUGGGUGGAAUGAAGCAAUUUUUCAGGAGAUUGUGGCCUAUUAUCAGCUGGAUCCCGAAACAGUGGAGGACGCAUAUCCUUGUACACCCCUACAAGAAGGUCUCUUGUAUCUAUCAUUACAAAAUCCAGGUACAUACAUGAUGCAGCGAGUUUUGGAAUUGCGUCCGGAUAUAGAUACGAGAGAAUUCUGUUGCGCAUGGGACAAAAUGGCCCAGAGUACGCCCAUCCUACGAACAAGGAUCAUACAACAUAGCGACAUUGGUUUCCUGCAGGUGGUCCUGAGGGAGGACAUGCAACGGAUUCAUGCAAAAGGUCUACGGCAAUAUCUUGAGAAAGACAAAGCAACUCCCAUGGGCCUCGGAAAACCUCUUGUACGCUGCGCGAUCGUCACGGACGAAGAAGCCAACCGCCGAUGGUUCGUAUUGACCCUUCAUCAUGCUCUAUAUGAUGGCUGGUCAAUGCCGCUAUUGCUGCAAAGGCUGAGCGAUGCGUAUCAUGGAAUGCCCAAGAGACCCACUCAACCAGAGUUCAAGGCCUUCAUCAAAUACAUCCAGGGCCAGAGCCACGAACGCGCUGUCGAAUACUGGAGGGAUAAUGUUGCCGAAUGUGACUGCGAACCAUUCCCAGGACUUCCAUCGUCAGUACAGCAGGUUAAGACUGAUAGUGAGAUCACACAUACAAUAUCAUCUCUGAACAUACAUAAACCAGGCGUUACUCCCGCUAUACUUGUCCGUUCAGCCUGUACUCUCCUCCUCAGUCAUAGGACCAACUCAGACAAAGUAGUGUUUGGGAUCACUACAUCUGGCCGAAGCGCUCCUAUUACUGGUAUUGAAGAGAUAAUAGGUCCAACAAUUGCGACGAUCCCACUGUACGUCAAGAUACAGGAGUCACAAACCGUUAUGGAAUACCUUGGCACCAUUCAACAGCAAAUGAUGAGCAUGGUAUCCUUCGAGCAGUUCGGCCUGCAGAAUAUUGCGAAGUUCAGCCCUGAUACUUGUCAGGCUUGCAUGUUCCAGGCUCUUCUCAUUAUUCAACCCGAGGAAUUUGCAAAAGCCGAUAAUACCUUUGGGGAGUGGGAAAAGUGCCAAGAGUCGGAGUGGGACAACACCUACGCCCUUGUACUGGAGGUGCAGCUUGGGACUGGGCGCGUCAACGCUAGAUUUGAUUCCAAUAUCAUCGAAUCGUGGAUUGUUCAGGACCUACUGGAAGGACUCGACUUUGUGAUAGGGCAGCUCAGUACAGCACAAUCCGACAACCGAAUCACGGAUAUCCCCCUAGUGCCGCCCGAGAGUCUCGAGCGCAUAUGGGGUCGGAAUAAUAUCGUCCCAUUCGCAGUCAAAGCAACAAUUAACGAGAUUGUUGGCAAGCAGGUGAAGGAACAACCGACUGCAAUGGCAAUCCAUGCGUGGGAUGGAGACCUAACAUACGGCGAGCUAGAUCACCUCGCCACGAACCUGGCAACCAAGCUCGUCAGACUUGGAGUCCGUCCGCCCCUACUGGGGCCGAACAAUGUGAUUCCACUUUGCUUUGAGAAAUCGAAGUGGGCCAUAGUAUCCAUCGUCGGGGUCCUCAAGAUAGGUGCAGGCUUCGUAUUGCUCGACCCGUCUCUACCGGAGUCUCGAUUACGCUCUAUCAUUCAGACAGUCGGAGCCAAGAUACUGCUCUCCUCCGAAGCCAACAUAGAUCUAAGCCGCCAGCUAUCCAAGAUAGUGAUACAAGUUGGUUCAGAGUUGUCCAGGAUUUCGAGUGAUAUGAAAAAUCAACUUGACGGUGUCACGGGACAACCGCCACUACCCUCCAGUCUACUAUAUACAGUGUUUACCUCCGGUAGCACGGGGACACCUAAAGGAGUCAUGGUGUCACACGAAAACUUCUGCUCUGCUCUACAUCAUCAAUCAAAGCAUUUAAGCUUCACAGCAAGGUCCAGAGUCUUGGAUGGUGCAUCAUAUUCGUUCGAUGCUGCAAUCCAUAACAUUCUGACGACACUUGCGGUCGGAGCAUGUCUGUGCAUACCCUCGCAAGAGAGCUACAAGGGUAACAUCGGCAGUGCUAUUGCGGCUAUGCGCCCUACCAUCUGUAAUUUAACCCCAACAGUAGCCCGCCUGUUAGACCCAGAGAGUGUAUACGACCUGGAGACGUUGAUACUACUGGGCGAGCCUGUUACGAGGAGCGAUAUUGACCGAUGGAAAUCGAACAAUGUUCAGGUCAUAAACGCCUACGGACCUGCUGAGUGCACACCGAUUAGCACUAUCAACGCUCAUCCGUCUAAUACAGAAGAAGGUAUCCGAAUUGGAAAAGGCACAGGUGUGACAACCUGGAUUGUACAUCCUAACAACCAUAAUCGGCUAGUACCGCUAGGAUGCACCGGUGAAUUACUUCUUGAGGGGCCCCUUGUUGUCUUAGGCUAUAUGAACGACCCAGAAAAGACAGGAGAUGCAUUUGUGGAAGAUCCUGAAUGGCUGCUCACAGGCUCAACGAGUCAUCCAGGUCGCCGUGGUCGCCUCUAUAAAACCGGCGAUAUGGUGCAAUACAACGAGGAUAGAAGCUUGUCAUUCAGGGGACGCAAGGACAACCAAGUCAAGAUACGUGGCCAGCGGGUAGAGCUUGGAGAUAUCGAGUACCAUGUUUCGGCUUCCUUGCCAACGAAAGCGAUUCAGGUCGUGGCCGAGGUCGUUGUACUGGAGGAUGACGGAGAGCCGAAACCGGUGCUGGUAGCUUUUAUCCACUCGGAUAACAAUGCUAUUUCUUCCAGCAAGGAGACGACAGUCACUCCAAAGCCAUACCAAAUGACCGACGAGACCAUGCAACGGAUUUCACGCCGUCUGUCUAUUAUUCCCGACGUUUUUGUCUCCAUGCAGAAACUUCCUCUGACGCCAACGGGAAAGAUUGAUAGCAAAGAAGUUCGUGAGAUAGGCCGGUCACUGCUCUUGAGUGAAGGGAAUGUCUUCGAUGGCACUUCCGACCCAUCUUAUAACGGCGACGACUCUCAAGGCAACUUAAUACUGCAGAAUGAUCAUCCUGCAUAUGCCAUCGCCCAGAAGGUGUAUUCUAUGCGUCCUUCGUGGAUGAAAAACGGAGAUCCAAGCUUACAAACUGGAUACAAAGAUAUCUCUUUACACUCCUCCGGUCUGGACUCCGUCAAUAUGAUGGAACUCACCUCAUUCGUCUCACGCCGUCUCAAUAUCCAAGUCGACAUGCAAUGUGUAAUAGCCAAGGCGACCACUAUCAGAAGCCUAGCGGAGUAUGUACUCCACUACCAAAAGAACGGUACUAGCCCUUCCUCCGCCGAGCAUACCUCAACUGGGGUCGACCUAAUGAGAGAGAUCAAUCGACAUGACUCAAGGAUUCGGGCUGCCCAACUCAAACUUUCACGAAGCAAUAACCCAGCAUUCAAGCAUUCCUCAAUCUGUAGAGACAAGGGAUCAUUCACCGUCUUCUUGACCGGAGCCAACGGUUUCCUGGGUACUCAGAUCCUCCGCCAACUCCUGUCCAACUCCAAGGUUAGCCGCCUCAUCUGUCUCGUCCGUGGUGAUACCGAUGAUGUUGCGAGAGAGCGUACCAUCAGUAUGGCUAAAGAAGCCCUCUGGUGGACGGGCCACCACGCAGAGAAGCUCGAGGUUUGGAGGGGAGAUCUAACAUUACCCAAACUUGGACUUGACCCAGCCCGCUGGGAAUCUCUCAGUUGUGGUCAAACAAUUGAUUAUAUCAUACACAACGGUGCUACCGUACACUGGAUGAAGGGCUACGACGUUCUAGAGGCUGCGAACGUCGGAUCGACCAUGGAAUUGUUGGAAGUCGCACUGAGAUGUCCCAAGAUGAGAUUCGUCUAUAUCACAGGCGGUCGCCCAUGGAAGGCCCAUGAAGAGGAAGACGUUGUGGCGGAGCUGUCCGCUCCCGAUGCCAUCCCCUACAGCCAAACGAAGUUAGUCUCUGAAGUCGUCGUCCGACGCGCUGCAACACGCAAAUUACCAGAAACCUCUACCCCCACCCCACCAGGAAAUAUUGCUGUCAUAAACCCAGGAUGGGUGAUGGGAACACCAACUGAAGGCUACUCUAAUACUACGGACUAUUUUUGGCGGCUUGUAGCAACAUGCAUCCGAUUGGGUGUAUACAACGGAGAGGACGCGGAGGGAUGGCUAUCCAUUUCCGAUGCUACUACCACUGCAGAAGCAGUUUCCGAGGCAGGAUUCAGCACAAGAAGUGAUAUUUUAGGCGAUGAAUAUGCUACACAAGGAAUGGCUUGGCGAGAGUUUUGGGCCAUACUGCAGGAUAAGGGGUACAAGCUGGAGGGAGUGAGUCUAGCUUCGUGGAUGGAUCUUGUCGGCGCGGAUAUUGAAGCUGCAAGGGAGAAGCAUCCGCUUUGGCCAUUGAAACAUGUAUAUGGAUGGUUGCAAGGGAACGAGAGAGUGGCUGGUAGGGCACGAGGGGUAUCUGGUGAUACUCCGGUACGGUUGAAGGUGGCUGUUAGGAUGGGAGCUGAGUUCCUUGUCGGGGUAGGGUUUAUACCCGCGCCUACGGGUAUUUCUUCAAGGAACGGGAUGAAUGGGCAGUAG